CCACACUGGCAUGCCACCUGAAGUCCCGAUAACAGCCUGAUUUCUCACUAAACACUCCAUCGAACCAUUUCAUUAUUUGUCUCUCCUAUUUUCAGCACUUUCCUUUUGCUUUCACAAAGCUUAAGGGAGAAUCAGCUAUGACAGAGAAAUUCCUUUUCCUUUAUCUUUCCCUCCUUCCCAUGCCCCUACUCUCACAGGCACAGUGGAAUGAAAAUUCCCUUGUCAGUUUUUCCAAAAUAAUUGCUUCGGGAAACCAUCUAAGCAACUGUUGGAUCUGCCACAACUUCAUCACCAGGUCCUCAUCUUACCAAUAUAUUUUGGUAAGAAAUUUUUCUUUAAACCUAACAUUUGGUUCAGGAAUCCCUGAAGGCCAACAUAAAUCUGUUCCGCUCCAGGUUUCGCUUGCUAACUCAGCGCACCAAGUCCCCUGCCUGGAUCUCACUCCACCUUUCAAUCAAAGCUCUAAAACUUCUUUCUAUUUCUACAACUGCUCUUCUCUAAACCAAACCUGUUGUCCAUGCCCUGAAGGACACUGUGACAGGAAGAACACCUCUGAGGAGGGAUUCCCCAGUCCCACCAUCCAUCCCAUGAGCUUCUCCCCAGCAGGCUGCCACCCUAACUUGACUCACUGGUGUCCAGCUAAACAAAUGAACGAUUAUCGAGACAAGUCACCCCGAAACCACUGUGCAGCUUGGGAAGGAAAAGAGCUAAUCACAUGGAGGGUUCUAUAUUCGCUUCCCAAGGCACACACUGUCCCCACAUGGCCAAAAACUACUGUUCCCCUGGGAGGGCCUCUAUCCCCUGCAUGCAAUCAAACUCUUCCAGCAGGGUGGAAAUCGCAGUUACACAAGUGGUUCGACAGCCACAUCCCCCGGUGGGCCUGUACCCCUCCUGGCUAUGUAUUUUUAUGUGGGCCACAAAAAAAACUGCCCUUUGAUGGAAGUCCUAAGAUAACUUAUUCAACCCCCGCUGUGGCAAACCUCUAUACUUGCAUUAAUAAUAUCCAACAUACGGGAGAAUGUGCUGUGGGACUUUUGGGACCACGGGGGAUAGGUGUGACCAUCUAUAACACCACCCAACCCAGACAGAAAAGAGCCCUGGGUCUAAUACUGGCAGGGAUGGGAGCGGCCAUAGGAAUGAUCGCCCCAUGGGGAGGGUUCACUUAUCAUGAUGUCACCCUCAGAAAUCUCUCCAGACAAAUAGAAAACAUAGCUAAGAGUACCAGAGAUAGCAUCUCUAAACUCAAGGCCUCCAUAGAUUCUCUAGCAAAUGUAGUCAUGGACAACAGAUUGGCCUUAGAUUACCUCUUAGCAGAGCAGGGUGGAGUCUGUGCAGUGAUCAAUAAAUCCUGUUGCGUUUACGUCAAUAACAGUGGGGCGAUAGAGGAGGAUAUAAAAAAGAUCUAUGAUGAGGCUACGUGGCUCCAUGACUUUGGAAAAGGUGAUUCAGCAGGGUCCAUUUGGGAGGCUGUGAAGUCUGCCCUCCCCUCCCUCACAUGGUUUGUCCCUUUACUGGGACCAGCUGCACUUAUAGCCUUCUUUCUCCUCUUUGGCCCUUGUCUCUAUAAUUCACUAAUUAAAUAUGUCUCUUCCAGGAUACGGCAAUUUCACACAGAGCCCCUAAAAAUGGAAAGGGAUCAUCCAAUCUUCCUUGGAGGUCCCAGCACCUACAAGUACAUCUCUCCCUUGGAUGCCAGCGGGCAAAGAUUCUGCAACUACAGAGGGGCUCCUUCCCUGACAGAGAGCAAGAGAGGGAGACCCUGAUGACUUCUUCGUCCCACGUCAGCAGGAAGUAGUUACAGAAGACCCACGACGUCCUUAUGCCCAAAGCUUUUCAGGGUCUCCAACUCUUGAGGGGGAAUACUGUUAGGGUAGGCAGGUAGCCAGACAAGAGCAGGCAAGGAAGCCCCUGGGAAAGGAAUCUUUAGAAAUGCAGCCCACUGAUGGCCUCCUUGGAAACGCUGCAUGCUGAGUCAGCAAAAGGAGGAGCGUGGCUACACUGGCUACACCUGACCUUGUGGCUGCAUUCCUCUGUUCCAGAAGGGAACUUAUCAAGUCCUAGCCAGAGGUUAAAAAGGUAGGAGCUAUUCCCCACUAAGAAGCAUGUAUACUUCCCUAAUA